AUGAUAGUGCCGUUAACUGAAAGUGAUACUUUCACUACAGACACCAAGACAGAGUCACAUAAACCCUUAUACGAACCGAACGGAGUCAAACAACCCAACGUAUCAUACCAUUUCAAUCCUGAUGUCAGCAAAUACCAUUAUGGACCUCGACACCCCAUGAAGCCCUUUAGACUCAUGCUAACAGACCAUUUGGUCAUCUCUUACAAGCUAUAUGAAUUAAUGGACUUGUAUACUCCAAGACGAGCAACCAAAGAAGAGUUGCUUGAGUUCCAUUCGCAAGAUUACAUCGACUUCCUUCAAUCCGUAACCCCUGACCAAGUGUCCAAAUAUGUGGAUAAUGUGCUACAACGAUUUAAUAUCGGAGAUGAUUGCCCGGUCUUUGAUGGCAUCUAUGAUUAUUCACUGAUAUAUGCUGGAGCUUCUUUAGAUGCUACCAGGAAAUUGAUGAGUGGAAUGUCAGAUAUAGCUAUUAAUUGGUCUGGAGGAUUACAUCAUGCCAAAAAGGCCGAACCCAGUGGGUUUUGUUAUGUCAAUGAUAUUGUUUUGGGUAUUCUUAAUUUGCUAAGGGUCCAUCCCAGAGUCAUGUAUAUAGAUAUUGACUUACACCAUGGAGACGGGGUUCAAGAAGCAUUUUAUACCACAGAUAGAGUGAUGACUGUCUCAUUCCAUAAAUAUAACGGGGAAUUCUUCCCGGGAACAGGAUCCGUGGACGAGAAGGGCAUUGGGAAGGGGAAAAAUUAUGCCAUCAAUGUGCCAUUAAGAGAUGGUAUCGAUGAUGAAAGUUAUGUGAGAUUGUUCAAACUGAUUGUGGAACCUUUAAUUACCAUGUAUCAACCUACAUGUAUUGUUCAACAGUGUGGAGCUGAUUCCUUGGGGUUUGAUAGAUUGGGAUGCUUUAAUCUUAACAUCAGAGCCCAUGGAGAAUGUGUUAAGUAUGUGAAGUCAUUUGGGAUCCCCAUGUUAGUGUUAGGCGGUGGUGGAUACACCCCCAGGAACGUUUCAAGAUUAUGGUGCUAUGAAACAUCAGUAUUAAAUGAUGUUACAUUGAAUGCCAAACUUCCCAAUGAUUUACCAUCACAUGAAUGGUUUGGACCUGAUUUUUCACUCCAUCCUCAACUUGAUGGAAGAAUAGAUAACAAAAACUCCAAGAAAUAUUUGGAUAGCGUUCGACAAACGAUCAUGGAACAGAUACGAUAUCUUAGUCAUGCUCCAUCAGUUCAGAUGAGAGAGAUUCCACCGGAUUUAACCGGACUUACUGACGAGGAAGAGGAGUUAAUCAGGGAACUUAACGAAGAGAAUUAUAGAGAGCAAGCAGAGUCCAAAGAUGUUGCCAAAGAAGUCCAUGUUGAUUAA